UUUGCUGUUGUAGACAUCGCGGUUGGUGUGCAACACACAGUGGAGCUGCUGUCGACCGACGAGGCAGUGGAGGUGGUGGAGGAUGUCCCUCUCGGCAAGGGUGUGGCCGACGUCCUCGGGUACGACUCCAUUAGAAAUCAGCUGUACUACGAGGAUGCUGACGACGAGAGCAUCAGCAUCUUCCGAGUCAAUCUCACCGGCAACAAUUUUCGCCGUCAACCCAUUGUUACAUAUCAAACUGUGAGAGGUAUAGCAGUCGAUCCGAUAUCAUCAAUUCUCUACUGGACAAGUGAUAAUGCCAUCAAAUGGUUGAAUGUGUCCGAAGAGAUAACCACUCCGCAAGAAGGCAACACUCUGAUAAGCUUCGAGAAAGAUCUGCCUCAUGGAAUUGCUGUUGAUGUUUGCAAUAGGUAUAUCUUCUUAUGCGUUGCCAGCAAAUCAUUAUUGGAGAUAACAUUUAUUAAUAUUCAACAUCAAAUUAUAUUGUAUUCAGCUUAUCAAUCCAAUGUAGUAUGUAGUUCAUAUUUUAAAAAUAUUGUUCUCUUUGUUCCAGAAUUGAGUUAUUUGCCAUUGUCAGUGGUUGUAGUGCAGAAGAAAAUCUAUUGGCUUGAAAGUUUCUCCAGGAAAGCUCUGUUCAGCAUCGAUAUCCUCCACAACGAAUCCAAUACUUCCAAAGUACAGCCAAAACUUUUGAGAAAUUUCAGAAGCAUUCCGUUUGGUAUAAUCACUUCUCAGCAGGACUCUAAUCUUGCAAGCAAGGAGUGCAAACCCAUCGCUGACAAAAAGAAACAGAUCGAAGAAGAACGUAAGAGUAAGCUGAAGAGUCACGUGGCCGUGCACUUCGAGAACAAGGAGCUUCUGUCCAAGUUCGACUUCUGCCUGAACUAUGGCACCCUGGUGGCCGACAAGGCCGAGUGCCUUUGCCCCGAGGGCUUCGAGGGGCCUCGCUGCGAGGUCAACCUGUGUCACAACUUCUGUGUGGCCGGCGAGUGUCGAAUGUUGGGUGGGGCGCCUCGCUGCCAAUGUCCGCCGCACCGCUCUGGAUCCAGGUGUCAGGUUGAGAGAUGCGCCGGCUACUGCCUGAACGGCGGCUCGUGCUCGCUGGACGAGACCAGUGAGCUGCAGUGCUCAUGCGCCGACCACUACACGGGCAACAGGUGCCAGCACAAGCUGCCCAACAUGUCCGACAACAAGUUGUGCAACAUCUACUGCCACAUGCAGCAGAUCAGCCACGAGUACAGACAACUGCUGUUGGACUCUGACAAUCUGGCGCCCAUUCUCUCCAAACGACCUGACCUCUGCAGCUGUCCGGAACCAAAGGCGGCAGAAAACUGUACAGGCAACUCGGUUACCAUAGAGGAAAUCAGUCCAGAGCAGUGUGCGACCGACAACGUAUUCAGUGGCAAUGCGGCAAACAUGCUCUACAUCCUGAUAUGCGUAUGUUGCAUCCUCCUAUUCCUGGUGACAGUGCUCGCCGUCAAAGCGUGGAACCUGCACAAGCGGCCCAGGAUCAAGAAGCGCAUCAUUGUCAACAAACAGCCUCUCACCUGCAGGCCGCAAACCGAAAACGAACAGUGCGAAAUAACUAUCGAAAACUGUUGUAACAUGAACAUCUGUGAAACUCCUUGCUUUGAGCCAGACUUCCGUAAGCCGUCAGGGAAAGACAACAACAACAAGAAGGAGGAGAAGCGCAACCUGCUGGGAGGAAUCGAACUGCCUCCCGACGACCUCUACUGACGACGCAACAGUCUUCCGGCCUGCUUCGUGGCCCACUGCUCUUCCUCCUCUCCCUGUUCAGCGUCCUGACGACCAACCGUCGACUGCCAAUCCUAAUUCUGGAUGAGGAACUGUCUCUUUCUGCGAGCGAAAUCGUGAAAAACUUGCAUUCUCGUGUAUUAGAUAUUUUUGUAUAUUUUGAUAAUGAUGUAGGAAUCGUUACUGCAGGAUAUGUACUGUGUACAUAUGGGAGGACUUUGUGAUUGAACACCACUAUCACAACACUCACCAUUUGAUGUUGUGGUACAGAACGUUUGUGUUAUAACACCAGCGGUUUUAGUGUUGUAACACAUACCAGUUGUGUGUUGUGUGGGGGGGGGGAGAUUAUUGUGAUGCCUUGUGAGUUCUGCCUGUGACUGAGCCUUGAGCCUUGCCUUUUCUAUUAAACCUGACCUUGCAGUAUUCACAUGAACCUCCAGAAGAAAUUAAGAAAGAAUUCAUAUGUAAAAAUUCAUUAUGAUAAAAUCCUCUUCUGAUAUUGGAAGCUGAAAGCUCAUCUUACUGUAAGAAAUUUUCUCAGUUUUAUUGUGAUAAAAUGUUUAACAUGCUCACAACAAAUCCAAAGCGUAAUUUUCUUUUUUCAAUUUUGUGAUUGCUAUGUUUAUCUGGACAUAAAAUUAGCAUGGGAUAAUACAUCAUAAAUAACUUCCAUUCGUUUACACUGUAUUUGCGUAAACUUCUUUUUUUUUUGAAAUGCAGUGUUUCAAAAAUCGCGACUGCAGUUGAGUAUCAUCAAUGAAUAUGGUUGUAUAACUUCUAGUUGAUUCAUUAGUAUCAACUAAAUUUUUUAUUGUAAUUUUUCUCUCAAUAUCAUUUUUUUCUGAUGAUUUUGCGUUGAUAAGGUAGUAGUUCAAAAUCAGAGCUUUUUAAUCUCGGUUUUAUUCUGAUCUAAAAAUAAAAAUUAAUUUUAAGUGUCCCACAGUAUUUUCAGUGUGAAAUAAUGUUUUUUGUAUUAAAGGUGGAGAUCUCUCUAUCUAGGUUCUAAUCGAUAAUCCUAAUAGAUGUUAUCUAUUUUAUUUGGUGGUUUUAAAUAACAGCGUAAAAAUAAUUUCAAAAAUCUUGAGAUAGAUUUGUGUGUUAGCAAUGACACUAAGGGCCGGUUUCCGAGCUCGGCAUUUAGCUAAGUCCUAGACUUUGAACAGCUGGAGUCAGAAAAUUGGCUUUCCAAAACGGGGCGUAGUCGCAGUCAUUGUCAUAGUCACGUUUGAAUUAAAUUUCGAAAAACUAGAAAAUUGAACACAAAAUAAAGAAAAUAGUGUAAAGUUUCUGCUAUUUUGAAUUAUUUAGAAAUGUCUAAUUUUGUCAAGGAAAAACGUUUCCAUUUUAUAGAAAUGAGAAAAUAAAAAUACGACUACUGUUAUAAAAGCUGCGACUACGCCCCGAUUUGGAAAGCCAAUUUUCUGACUCCAGCUGUUCAAAGUCUAGGCUAAAUCCCGAGCUCGGAAACCGGCCCUUAGUGCCUUUAUCUUGUAUAGAUAACAUUCUUGAACACAUUGAUCUCACGUAACGAGAUGUAUGGGCUAUUUAUUUAAUCAUUUCAAAUUUCCAAGACUUUGACUUUUCCAUUCUUCAUGUCUCCUCAAGCUCACAGACAAUUCAGGUCACUGAUAAUUUAAUAUAGCUCACUGUACCUCGAUUUCAAUAAAAUCGAAAUUUUGUCAUAUCACAGUGAAAAAAAAUUAUAAUCUUUUCCAUAUACUGUACUCGAAAAAGUACGUUGAAGCACGAUUCUGAUCAUUGAAAGUCAUAUUUUAUUUCAGUUUAAAUUAUUCAAUGAAAUCUCUAGUUCACGGUUUAAUUAAAUUGUGUUGCUUCUCUUCUGCAUAGUAUUUUUGAUGAAUACAAUCAAUAUUUUCAGACUGAAUUUUGUACUUAUUUAAAUAUAUUAAUUUACUUCGAUUUUUGAUUUUGCAAAAGUAUACAGAAUGUCCUGAUUAUACGGGAUAGUGACAGGCAAAUAGCAGGCAGAACAUAAUUUGUAUAAUGUAUUUAGAAAUAAUUAUUCCUAGGCUAAGAAAACGAUUGUCUAAAAAGACCAUUAUGCAUUCUAAGAUUCCUAUUAGUUUAAUGGUAUUGACAGUGGUAGUUGAACGGAUGUCAUUUCAAAUCGCUCUAGACUGGAAUUCAUAUUGUUGCCUAAUGGUUGAUUUUGUGAUAGAUUAUGAUUUCAAAAAUUUUGGCUUCUAUUACUUUGAUAGCAAAUAUUAGUCAAAUCAGUAUUGUUGGAUGCAAUAAAUCCUAUUAAACACUUCAAUCCAAAACUAAAUAACGACUCAUAUGAAGCUGAGAAUUUUUCAUAUUGUGAAUGUAGCAACCAAUGACUAAAUUGCCAAUUUUGGAAUUAUCCGAACUCCUACUCAAAGUCAAACGCAUUAACUCAAUUGUUUUCAAUAUAAUCCAAUAUUAGUGUUCAUUUUCUUAGAUUUAUUAAGAAUACUUUGUUGCGUUACAAAGGAAUACCUCAAUAAUAUCCCUCAUUAGACGAAUGUAUCUGCCUUAAAAUUAUACUAAAAACUAUAUACAUUCGAGAAACUUGAUGCUCUAAAAUUCUUAUUGGAUAUUUUAACACUUGUAAACUGAAUUACUCCAUUCCUAGAUCAGUUUCAUUGACCAUUGUAAUUUUAUCCAUUUUUUGUCAGAUGAGUGAUUUGAAUUAAGUAUAGAAUGUAAAACUAGUAGUUAAUUUGAAGCUCUGGUGCUAAUUUUGGAGCCAAAGUGUAAUCAUAGCGUUGUAGAAGGCCUUAAUAAUAAUGGAAGUAAAGUAUAGAACUUUUAAACCUCAUAAUUCAUGUUCCUUAGGCGAUUACAUAAAUGGAUUUAGAAAUGAUCUAUUCUGAAAUUGGACGUUGGAGAGAAGCUGUAAUGCAAGAUGCUGUUUGACUGAAGAAUUGUUUGAAGACUGAGUCGUUAUUAUUUCAAAUGAUUAUUGCUCUAGAUUCAUCUAGCUCCAUAGUAGCUCACAUUUUUAAGAUUACAUCAAUUUCAGAUCUUAUUUUCAUGCAAUAAAAAUUAUAGCAUAUUUACUUAAGCUAUGCCUUUCUAACUGAUAUAAUUCAGAAUGAGGUUUCGUAUUAUUAAUUUAUAAUAGUUUUUUAUUCAAUGUACUUAGUUGAAUUGUUAGUUCUAAAAGUUUUGAAUAUACUGGUGAUCAUAAUUGAAUGUCAGGGUAUCUUUUAAGGCGAUUCGCUGAUAAGGCGAUUCUUAUCUAGAUCAAGGGUCUCCAACCUGCGGCUUGCUGGCCACAUCCGUCACACCAACAGAUUUUAUGCGGGCCGGGGAAAGCUAGAAUGGUAAAAAAAUUAGUAAAGAUUUUGAGCAUUUUACCUCUUGUCGCUUUUUUUUUUAAUGUAAAAUUGGAAAAAAGAUGGAAAAAUUGGCUAAACAUAUAUGCUGACUUUCUGUCAGCAAGAAGUUUUCUUUCAUUCAGCGAUAGUUAGUGGUCGGCGCGGACUGUACGUAAUAAGGACAAGGUAGGAAUCCCGGCUCAGUUGUAUUCUUAACCCAACUGUGAGCAGACUCCUCUUUGAAUUAAGUUUAUAAAAUCUAAAUACAGAUAUGUCCGGUCAAAUGAGCAUCCAAAAUCAAUCCUAACGAAUAGAACAACAAAGUUUGAAGAUAAAUGGGCGGAAAUUUUAAUUGGCAAGCAAAUGCAAUAUUCUCUCUAUUAAGCUUUUUAAUAAUAUUAUAUGUAUAUUACUUAUUCGAAUAAAUUAUUAAUAAACUCAUGAAUUGACAAGUUUCAUGUCAAUGUAAUUGGUUUUUACCUACAAAAAUAGCAAUUUGAAAGAAACUUAGCAAGAUAAUAAUAAAAUCACUAUUGAUAUCUUAAUAAAACAACCUCAUAGAGUCGGGGAGGGGGGAAAUUACAUUUCUGCCCGACGUUGGUGACCCGCCUCUCCAAAAUUUUAGAAUCUGGCCCUUGAGGAAAAAGGUUGGAUACCUCUGAUUUAGAUAAUAAUAAUUUUAUAUAUUUUCUGAUACUUACUUCGAUUGAUAUUAUUUUUUAAACUUAUUAAGCUAAUACUGUGUCAUUUUCAUCAUUGUUUUUGAAUUUAAAAUUUUAUUUUCUACGAGAC